AUUUAAAAGACAAAGAUAAAAGCCUUUCUGUUCAGGUUGAUUGAUUUUCUCUAACAACGAAGAUAAUAGCACUAAGAUUUUCUUCUCUGUUUUAUUUCUUCCUUUUUAUAGGAUGGCCGAAUAUUUCUUUUCUUUAUGCUGCUCUUCUUGCUGCGGCUCUUGCUGCGGUUUACCUUCCCCUUAAGUUUCCCAGGAGGUCAUCUCUUCACCAGAACAACCUCCUGACCAACAAGAAUCCACUAUCACUAUGACUGAUUUUAAGAAUCUUCUACAGAAAUUCAUUGAUAUAGGCCAGGUUCACGAUCUCAUUCAGGUUUUAGAAGAGCUAUUGCAGAUCGCGUCGGGAGAGAAGAGUGUUCGAGGGCCUAAUUCAGUAGUAGAUUCUUAUAUCCAGGAUGGCCAAAGAAUCCUGGAGAUGCUAGAUAUAAUCAUUGGCAAGCAUCUUGUAACGAAAAAAAUUUCUACAUAUGGCGCAAUUGCAGAGAUAGAAAACUUUUUAACAGAAGUGCUGAAAGACACUAAGAAAAUUCCCUCCGUCGGAAUACCAUUUUCUAUGUUGGGAUCUGUAUUGGCGAGAUUUAAUCAGAUGUCUGAAAACAAGAGUGACUGCCUUGAAUUGUUAAGAAGAAUGUUUAAUCUUGGGAGGCGAAUUCUGCAGUUGAAUGAAGAAAUUUCAUAUCAGAUGCGGAAGCUAAGCGAGGGAGUCCAGUGCAUAUUUGUAGGAACUACUAUUUGCAUCUCCCAACUUGCAACGGCCAAUAUUUUCAGGUUUCUUAUUACCACAGUCAAUGCUGAUAGUUUAGAGGAUUUCAAAGCCAAAAUGGACGGCUUGUAUAGCGACAUCCAAUUGUUGACUCUAAUUGACAAAGGGAAAAGAGUGCCAAAGAUUGCUUCACAAUCAAAGAAAAUCUAUGGAUUUGAGAGUGCACGGGAAGAUGUAAUUCAGCUUCUUGAUUUGAAUGCACGAGAUUCAAUGCCAAUUGUUGUGGUUGUCUAUGGUUACGGAGGAUUUGGUAAAACAACACUAGCUGAUGCCGUCUAUGCACACAUUAACCUCCAAUCUUAUAAGCAUUGCAAAAUUCAUUUGGAUCAAGAUUGUACAUACAAUGAUCUUAAGCUCCUCCAAGAGCAGAUUGUGUAUGGAUUGUUCAGGCAGAACAAACGAGUAAAAAACUGUGACCAAGGCCAAGCAAUUUUGUACUCACUUUUCAAAGAGAACCCUAAUCAGCCUUUAUUUCUAUACAUUGACAAUGCUCUCAAAAGUAGAGACCUUGAAAAACUUUUACCUCAAGGCUUGGGUGGUUGCCUUCCAGCGAACAGCAGAAUGCUUGUUACUACUCGAAAACUCUAUGAGACAGACAUAUUUGUUGGCAGGAAUAUUGAACGCCGACAAUAUGAUGUAAAUCCUCUUCCAGUGAAUGAGGCCAGAAAACUUUUGUUGGAGAAAGUUUCAGACUACAAUGAUGAACACAAUAUAUAUAACCUCGUUCAGCUGUGUGGUGGUGUUCCACUUCUACUAGAAUUAGCUGGUUCACAAUUGGCUAUAAAUAGGGGGAAUACAAAGAAUAUAGUGUUAGAGAUGCUUAAUGAAGGAGAGAAGGUCAAAGAGAAAGAUAUAAGCGACCGUAUGGUUGGUUUUGUAUUUGACAGAUUGUUAGAACCUGUUCAAGAGGCUUUUCUAGAUAUUGCAUCCUAUUUUUAUAAUAAUUGGGAAAGUAGACAAGUGGCCAGCAUAGUUGGAGAAGAGGAAUUCAGAGCUCUAGAAGCUGCAUCAUUCGUCAAGAUAUCUGAAGCCGGUAAUGUGAUUGUUCAUGACAUAAUUCGAGCAAGGGGGAAAAAUAUAUCAGAGAAAACCAGAAUCACAAACCCUGAGACCUUAUUGGAAUGUUUGAAAGAUGAAGAGACACUCAAAAAUUUGAAAGGCAUUUAUUUUAGUAAAGAAUAUGAGCUUCCUCCCAUUGAAAUUAAUUGUGAUCAUCUUAAUCGCAUGAGCAAUUCAUUGAGAGUGCUAGCUUAUCAAGGCUCACAAAUAGCAUUCCGAGAGAAAUGUAAUAUGCCAUUUCAGCAACUCAGAUACCUUCAAAUUUCGAGUAACAUUCCUGAUUUACCAGUGAAGUUCGAGAAGCUUGAGCAUCUCAUCUUCUACGAUGGCCCAUUCCCACGAGACAUGAGUUUGUAUGAGUUUCCUCCAAGCCUGCGCAUUAUGUACAUUGAGGAUUCUUCUAACAACAGAGCUGCGUAUUCUAAAAUUCCUCCUAGAGUCGCUCCACAUUCCUCGCUUGUACAAUUAGUUUUAGACGGUUUCAAAAAUAUGCUUUGGUUACCAGAUGGACUGGAAAUGCUAAGAAAGCUAGAGGAUUUGAGUUUACUAUAUUGCCAUCAGUUGAGGGAACUCCCAGCCAGAAUUAGUGUUCUCAGCAAUCUAAAAGUGUUGACACUAGUGGAAUGCAACAAAUUAGAAGCGUUGUCUUCAGAUUUCGGGCAGCUUAGCAAUUUAGAAGUGUUGACACUGCAUAAAUGCAAUGAAUUGAAAGCUCUACCUUCAAAUUUUGCAGAAUUAGGGAACCUAAAAGUGUUGACACUAUAUAAAUGCACUCAAUUGGAAGAGUUGCCUUCUGACUUUGGGCGUCUUAGCAAUUUAAGAUGGUUGCAAUUAGAAGGUUGCUAUGGAUUAAAUGCAUUACCUACUAAUUUUGGAGACCUCCUUUCAUUAGAAUAUUUGAAUUUGAGAAAUUGUUCAAGUUUGAAAGAGUUGCCUUCAAAUUUUGGACAACUUAAAAAUUUGGAAGAGUUAGAUUUGAACUAUUGUUCUGGGUUAGAAGAAUGGCCAGCGAGCUUUGAAGAUCUCGCAGAAGUGAAGGGGGUGAUUUUGAUAGGUUGUUCUUUGAAAUUAAAAGAAUCAUUGCCCCAUAAUAUUAAAGGCAUUGAUUGUAUUAUAUAUGAGUAAAUAAUUAUCUUUACUCUUCAA